AUGCGCAGGCAUCCAGGUCCUCCGCCUUAUGGUCCACGUCGCGCAGGAUCCGCCGCGCCCGCUGGCGCACACGCUGGCGCGCACGGCUAUGGUGGCGGACAGGGCUACACUGGCGGCGGCGGAAGCAGCGGUUAUGGCGGACACGGGUACACGGGGGGAGGCGGUGGCGCAGCUAGUAGGGGCCCGCGCGGAGGCAGGUCGCCGUAUGCGCAGCAUCCUUCCGCGCAACCGCCCGCCGCGCAAGCUCCCCCAGUGGCACAAGCAACUCCCCCGCCUCCCCGUCCGCCAGCCCCCGUGAACCCUGCCGUGGCGGAGGCUGGCGCGCGGGCUGUGCGGUGGCUUGAGGAGGCAGCGGAGGGAAUCGGCGCUGACGUGGCGUUGCGCGGAGCGGCCAGCGAUUCUGGAGCCACCAGUC